AUGAAAAACACAGCAUUACCGACAAAGUUAUUGAAUAGAGAAAGACGUCAGGAUUAUGGAGGUGGCGAUUAUGGAGGUGGCGAUUACGGGGAUGGUGAAGAUUAUGGAGGUGGGGACGGAGGUGUAGUUAAUCCUCCGGAUCCAGAUCCUGUCGAUCCUAAUCCAUCAACAGACGAUGAUGGUUCAUAUGAAGAUGGUUUAGGCGGCUUGGAUAAUGGAGAAGAUACAAUAGACCCUGGGGGUGACGAGUAUCCUCCACACUCAAGUAACGGCGAUAAGAUAGCAGAUGCUAUCACUAGAACAGCUGGUUCUACGUCUACUGGCUAUUGUGCAACAGCCGUACGGCAGGCAGUCGAAAGCGCUCUAAAUAUUCGACUUGAUAGAGUUAACGAUGCCAAAGAUUAUGGUCCAAGUUUAACUAGUGCCGGUUUCGAAGUUGUUACUGAUGGAGUUAAUCAAUCGGGUGAUAUUCGAAUAAUUCAGCCUGUUUCUGGCCAUCCUAGUGGUCAUAUGGAAGUUUAUACAAGUACGGGAUGGAAAUCCGACUUUGUUCAACGAGAUGAAUGGCCAGGCCCAGCUUAUCGAAAUGCUGAUCCCAAACCCUCCUAUACUCAAUACCGUCAUAAUUGA